AUGGUCGAGGAGAAUGCAAACGAGAAUGGAGAGGAAAAGAAUAUUGAUGAAGAGGAGUUCUAUGGUAAUUUAGACGAGCUAAGAGAUCUUAUUGAUGAUGAAAAUGACGGAAGAACAGAUGGUAAUGUUACUGGUUUUUCAGACUCAACUGCAAGUGAAGAUGAGGUUUUUGACGAGAGACUAUUAGAGCAAGAUGGCACGCAUCUUGAUGCUGAACAAUUAGAGGAAAAAGGUUCGAUCGACGAAAAUCACUACGAAGACGCAGAUUUGCUAGCUGAGUUCUCGGACUACGGGGAAUUUUCAGAUGAUGAAUAUGAUGAGCAGGACUUCAUGGACGCUAUUAGAGAGGCAAACAAUUUCAAGGUCAAGAGGAAAAACAAAGCUAAGAAAAAGAAGGAAUCUGUAGGCAAGGCUCCGAAACGAAACGUAAGAGAGAGGGUCUUGGACCCUGAGGUGGCACAACUUCUUUCUGAAGCAAACGAGGCGUUUGUUCGAAAUGACAUACAAGUUGCAGAACAUCUUUAUAACGAAGUCAUCAAAAAAGAUGUCAAGAACUUUGCAGCAUACAAGACCCUGGGAGAUAUUUACCAGCUACAGGGACGAUUUAAUGAUUGCUGUAAUUCCUGGUUCCUUGCAGCUCAUUUGAACCCUUCAGACUGGGAGUUUUGGAAGGUCGUAGCGACCCUAUCUUCAGACCUUGGCCAUAUUCGACAAGCAAUUUAUUGUUAUACGAGAGCCCUGCGUAUGAACAGCGAUGAUUGGGAAUGUUUGUAUGGGCGAUCCAUCCUAUACAAAAAAACCAAUCAACUUGGGAGAGCAUUGGAAGGUUUCCAGAGAUUACACAACAACAACCCUUAUGACGGAAAUCUUUUGCGAGAGCUCGCUAUACUCUAUGUGGACUAUAACCGUAUCAAUGAAGCAAUUGAGCUCUACAUCAAAAUUUUCGAAGCUAACGUCCAGAAACGAGAAGCCCUCAUUUCUGCAGCGGAAAAUGCGGUUGAAUCAUCGGGAGAAAGUGGGAAUGAGUCUAAUGACGACGAAAGCGAGGACCUUGAUGAAGCUGAAGAGGGUUACAAGGAAUAUUCACACAUUAACUGGAAAAAAAUCCACAAGAAAUUUAGGUGCAUCGCUUUUGAUUGGUCGUCCCUCAACAUCCUCGCGGAGCUUUUUCUAAAGCAAUCAGGGGAAAAUACUGGUAUCAAAACAAUAAAAAAGUGUGCCAGGUGGAUCCAAAAAAGAGAAAAGCAGACUUUUUGGGAUAAUGUCAACGAUGAUUCAGAAUUUGACAAGAGGAGGUUUAAGAACAGCAAGUUUGAUGCUCUGAGUAAAGAAGAGAAAGAGAAGUCUUAUAUCCUUCCCAUUGACAUUCGAGUAAGGCUUGGUCUUUUGAGGUUGAACAACAAACACGUUUUGGAGGCCAUGAACCACUUCCAAGCUUUGUACGAUGAAACUUUUGUGGAUAUAACGGAUCUUUUUUUUGAGGUAGCGUGUGCUCUAACGAAGGCCGAGAGAUUCCAGGAGGCUAUAGAAUUCUUCGCACCACUCCUACAAAUACCAGAUUACUGUACGCUAGAAGUUUACAAACCGUUGAGCAAAUGCUAUAAAGAAGUGGAGGACUAUGAAAACGCAAAACUCAUUUUCAAAAAGCUGGUUGAGCUUGCGCCAGAGGAUCUGGAAACAAAAUUAACACUUGCUGAAAUAUAUUAUCACUUGGAGGAUCAUGAGACCUUUAAUGCCUUGUUGCUUGAGGUUGUUGAGACCCGAAAACAGCAAGCCACAGACAUUCGACAGGAUGUUGCCGGUUUAAAUGAUCAGCCUAAUCAAGGGCCAGAAGAGCGGAGCACUAAUGAAUUGGGGAAGCCUUUAUUAGAAGAUAUUCAUAUAAGAAAGACAGCUGCAAAGCGGAAACGCACACCGCAAGACGCAGAAAGGGAAAGGAAGGAACGCGAGAAAAGGAUAACAUCGAAUGUCCUUGAUAAAUAUAAUCGACUAAAAAUUUACAAAGAAGGCAUGGAAAAGGGGCAAGAAAGUCAAACCACUCUCUGGAUCGAUACCGCUUCAGAUCUGAUAGACGUAUUCUCUAGCGUCAAGAACUUUUUUGUGAAAAGCCGAUCAAAGAAAUUUGUGGGCGUUAUCAAGAGAAGUCGUAAAUUCAAUAAAAUUAUUGACUAUAAAAUCAAGAGGCUAUCUAAGCUGUCAGAAGGUGAAAAUUUACUAGACGGUUUGCCUUUACUCGAGGAGCGUGUAUCACUCACAUCCUCAACAGAGCUUAGAGGUUUGACGUAUCAGCAGUGGUUUGAGCUUUUCAUGGAAUUAUCUCUAGUCAUUACAAAACUUCAAAGUGUGGAAGAUGGAUUAAGCGUCAUUGAAACAGCGCAAGAGGUGAAUGUUUUUGCACAAGAUCCGGAAAAAGUGAAAAUGAUGAAAUUUGUUAAUCUGGCUAUUGUCCUCCGCUUAGAAGAUGAAGAUGAACUUGUCGAGAACCUGCGUGGUGUUUUAAAUCAAUUUCAAUUUAACAGGAAAGUUUUCCAAUGUUUCAUGUUUUGUGUCGCCCGAGGACAGAUGUCUUCGGAUAUUUUGAGCUCCACUGUGCAGCAAAAGUUUUUCUUGAGACAGCUGAAAGCUUACGAUAGUAUACGUUACGGCCAGCAUGUUGCAGGGCAGGCCUCCGUUACUAACAAAAAGGUUUCGAACCCAGAUAAAUUCAAGUCUCCUUAUUUGCACUACAUCUACGCCAUGCUUCUUUACUCAAGUAAAGGCUUUUUGUUGGCAUUACAGUAUCUUAAUCGACUGGAGCCUGAGCUUUAUGAAGACCCCAUGAUCAACCUCAUGACAGGCUUGGCUCAUUUACACCGUUCCAUGCAAAGACUGACUGCGUCAAGACAUUUCCAAAUUCUACAUGGGCUGAGGUUUCUAUACCGCUACCAUGACAUUCGUGCUAACAGAUACUCAAGCACAGAGAAGCAAGAGGCUGAUUAUAACAUUGGCCGUGCAUUCCACCUCCUUGGCUUGUUUUCAAUUGCAACACGAUACUAUCAAAAGGUUAUGACGGAGUACGGUGACGAGAAAUUAAAGAGACAUGCCGCUUAUAAUUGCAUUUUAAUAUAUAAUGAGAGCGGAAAUCCAGAGUUGGCCAAUAGUCUCAUGGAAAAGUACUUGUCUAUUUGA